AUGGCCGCCCUUAGGAAAGAGAUAGCAGCAGUUUGUAAAGACUCUCACCUUGUCUUUGAGGAAGGAGAGCAAGCCUCUUCUCAGUGGGUUGAUAAGGUGCUGCAGUUAUACCAGAUCCAGUUGUUGGCCCAUGGUGUGAUGAUGGUUGGCCCCAGUGGAAGUGGAAAGUCCUCAGCCUGGAAGGUUCUCCUGAAGGCGCUUGAGAAGCUAGAAGGUGUUGAGGGCGUGGCUCAUGUCAUAGAUCCCAAGGCAAUAUCAAAGGAAGAUCUUUACGGAGUCCUUGAUCCUAACACAAGGGAAUGGACUGAUGGACUCUUCACUCACAUACUCAGAAAGAUUAUUGAUAAUGUUCGUGGUGAGAUUAACAAGAGACAGUGGAUCAUUUUUGACGGAGAUGUCGAUCCUGAGUGGGUGGAGAAUUUAAACUCUGUACUGGACGAUAACAAGUUACUAACACUGCCUAAUGGAGAGAGACUCAGUAUACCACCCAAUGUCCGCAUAAUGUUUGAAGUUCAGGAUCUCAA